UGUCUACAACCGCUCCAGUACACUCUUCAGAAACCGGAAUAACGAAAAGCCGACAGUACGAAUGCUUUCGGAGGGGCUGAGAAAACCUCUCCUCGCCUCUCUUUCCACCGGCUACUGAUUCACGCCUGCGUUUCGUCCUGCUGGCGGCUUGACGGAUGGAUUAAAUAACUAAUUUGGCCGGAGUCGGACGGGACUGUUUCUAGCGGUGUUAGCAUUUAGGGGCUAACCACUCUGUAUAGGAUUAGACGCGCUGAGAGAGAGAGAGACGGAGCCCGGCUAGCUGGCGGUAGUUCGGAUUUGCAACUUGGCAAAAGCUUGACAGUUUCGUUUUUACAUCUGUGUGUCGGAAGUGGUUUCUGUUUUUUUUACACGACUGGUUGUUUAGAAGACAAUAUAUCUAGCUAAAUGCCAUUUAUACGAGCGAAGUGUGGAGAUAGAUAACUGCUGUCUUAGCUAGUUUAAGUCAAACAGCUCACUGGUGGCAUUCAGCAAGUACUGAUAGAGGAGCUUGUGACUACAGAGUUUUAGACAGGCUAGUAACCUGGAUUAACCUGAAGGAUAUCUUGCUAUUUAGCUCAUUUAUUUAGCUAACUGACAGCAAAAGAUCUAGGUUAGUUUUUGCAGCAUAUACCAACACAUAUAGCAGGGUUUUAAACUGUUUCAGUUGACUAAUAUAGUUAGCUUAGUUAACUAGCUAGCCUAGCAACUUCUAGUCAAGUAGUUCGUUGGGAUUUUUGAAAAAUAACCGACGUUAGUCAGCUAGCUAACGUGAGUUAGUUAACCUAGCUAACUAGCUAAAUAACUAACUGUUACUGGUGCUGGUUGAGUUUGAUAGCUAGCUAAUCUAUUAGCUAGAGAUGUCUAUGCAUUUUUGACCACAAAAUCAAUGCAACUAGGUACCUGACAGUAGAGCAGUGUCUAAAAUAUCCUUUAAAACUGAUUAGGUCGUUUAACUAUCCUAGUUAGAUAGUUAGGUUAGCGAACUAAAUAACUCACACCCCCUUUCUUAUUGCUUGUACUGCUCUGUCGACGUGGUAAUUUCCUCCAGUGUCCUCAGAUCUGGGUUGAAGGAUAGCUAAGCUAGCUAGCUAUGUCAUUUUGUAAUAUUCCUAUAUGCGCAGAUUUCAGCAUUAGGACCUGUACUCGGUUUGAAUGCCGUUAUGGUUAUAUUAGCUAACAAAAGCUAAGCGAAUUAGUGAAUCCGUUAGCUAGACAGUUGCAAACACAAGCAGUUGUGGUAAUCAUAUUUGUACUAGCUUAGCUAGCUAGUUAACUCUAAUUUACCUGGGUAGCGUAGGUUAGGUAGUUAAUAGCUAGCUAGUUAACUAGAUUAUAUUUUGUUACGAACCGUGGAAGCUCUUAGUUUAGCUCUCAACAGAGUUUUGAUUAGCCCUAGUUAGCUAACUAACCCACCAGUACUGUCAGUAUUGGUACCAAACUCAGUUACGUUAGCUAGGUUAGGUUAGUGAUUUUUAUAGUUCAGUCACUUUCACUGACUCCGAACUUUUUUAAGUAGUUAGCUAGUUAGUUAGCUAGCUAUUCAGCUGACUGCGGUUUGUUUGGAGAGAUCUUUUUCAGCUGAGUGCUCUUUAGUUAAUUGUGGUGGCCUGAAGCCGAAGAGAAGAAGAUGUCAGGCCAGUCCAUCACGGAUCGGAUCGUAGCGGCUCAGUACAGCCUGACCGGAUCCGCGAUCAGCAAAGCGAUCAGCAAGGCCACGACACACGAAGUCAGCGGACCAAAAAAGAAACAUCUCGACUACCUGAUCCACUGCACCAAUGAGAUGAACGUGAAUGUGCCCCAGUUGGCCGAUACCCUGUUUGAGCGGACGGCCAGCAGCAGCUGGGUGGUGGUCUUCAAAGCCCUCAUUACCACACACCACCUAAUGAUGUACGGCAAUGAGCGCUUCAUUCAGUACCUGGCCUCAAGAAAUACUCUCUUCAAUCUGAACAAUUUCCUUGAUAAAGGUGCACUGCAAGGCUAUGACAUGUCCACCUUUAUCAGACGCUACAGCCGGUAUCUGAAUGAGAAGGCUCUGUCCUACAGGCUUGUGGCUGUGGACUUCACCAAGAUGAAGAGAGGUAUUGAUGGAGUGAUGCGCACCAUGAAUACAGAGAAGCUGAUCAAAACUCUGCCCAUUAUUCAGAACCAGCUGGACGCUCUGCUUGACUUUCAGGCCAAUCCUAAUGAGCUUACUAACGGCGUGAUCAACGCUGCCUUCAUGCUGCUCUUCAAAGACUCCAUCCGUCUCUUUGCUGCCUAUAAUGAGGGGGUCAUCAACCUGCUGGAAAAAUAUUUCGAUAUGAAGAAGAACCAGUGCAAAGACGCCCUGGACAUCUACAAGAAGUUCCUGUACCGAAUGACCAAGCUGUCAGAGUUUCUCAAAGUAGCAGAGCAAGUUGGGAUUGAUCAGGGUGACAUCCCAGAUCUCACUCAGACCACCAGAGGAUCCUACAUUGCUCCCAGCAGCCUGCUGGAGGCUCUGGAGCAGCACCUGGCCUCUCUGGAGGGUAAGAAGACCAAGGAGUUCUCUGCAGACAGCAGAGCCACAACUCUCUCCAGUGCUGUGUCGUCACUGUCCAACACAGGCAUGUCCUUCACUCGCGUGGACGAGAAGGAGAAGCAGCAGGCUCUGGAGGAGGAGCAGGCCAGACUGCAGGCACUCAAGGAUCAGCGUCUAAAGGAGAUCAGCAUGCAGACUCCCUCUGCCUCCCCUGGCACCCAGUCAGCAAACAUUGCCAACAACCACAGCGUGGCCAUGGACCCUUUCUCCAACCACACCAUCACUGCCCCAGUCACCAACAGCAUGCCAAACCUCACCAGCGACCUGUUUGACCUCCAGCCAGCAUUCAUUCCUGCCGUGCAGAGCACUCCGUCCAUAUCCACAGCCACCAGUGCCUGGGGAGGUCUGGAGAGUGGUCCUCCCCAGCAGGCCACUCAUAUAUCCACCAUGAAUGUAGAUUUUGAUGCUGUGUUUGGAGCUCAGAGUGCCAAUAAUGAUGUGAAGCCAGCAGCUGGAUUUGAUACUUUAGGAGACUUGUUGAAGCCCACUAUUCCAGCGCACAGUCAGGGUCCGGUGAUGCCCCCUCAUACUGGAGGGAAGCUGCUGGCCAGUGACCUGGACUCAUCCCUGGCCAACCUUGUCGGCAAUUUGCAGUUUGGAUCUGCAGGCAAAAAGCCAGACAUGCAUUGGACACAGCCUGGGGAGAAAAAGCUGACCGGUGGCUCUAACUGGCAGUCCAAAACCAUGAGCAGCACGACUGCCUGGAGCCCUGCCCCCAUGCCACCUGCUCCCAUGCCUGUGCCCCACAUGCAGAGUGGAAUGUUCUAUACUGGUUAUGCCCCGGCUCCCAUGGCCUUCCCCAUGACCACACCUCAAGUGCCUGUGUAUGGAAUGGUCCCUCCUCAAAUGGGACAGAUGGGAGGGGUCCAAGUUAUGACCCCACAGCCCAUGAUGUACAACCAGCCUGUUCUCAGACCCACCAACCCAUUUGCUCCGAUUCCUGGAGCUCAGAUGCAGUUCAUGUAAUAGCGUUGUGCAGAGGAGUGCCAAACAGGACGGCAAAAACCCCACUGAGCGAGUGAUCGAGAGGAAGACCAUCCACCACAUAAUUCAGGGAGACUGAGGAGGACACUGAGAAGGGAUACAGCAGCACAGACGGAGAAGAGCGGGAGAAAUGCAUACUGGAGGAGCAAGGGUGUCUUUCUGUCAUGACUGCUCACCUCAGUGUCUGAAAUUGUGCUCUCAAACACACACACACAUCCGCACACACCGCAACAGGAUGUUCUAACACAACCAUGCAUACUUGUUUUACUCUGUUAUUCAUAGUUUGUCUCAUUUUUUUCUGAUUGUAAAGCUUCCCAGGGUAUCUUCACAUGUUGUAAAGGACUUUCUUUAAGGGAAUUGAUCAUUUCUAAAUCAGAUUUGGUGCUAGUGUGGCAGAGAACACCGUAGUAAAUGUUGUUUACCUAUUAGAACUCUUAAAAACAAAGGUUAAAUGGUUCUAGGGAAAGGCUUUAAUCGAUAUAGAACCUUUAUGAUGCAUAUAAGACCGCAAAAUGCUCUUAUCCAGUGAAAUGUUCUUUCUGAAAUUAGGAGUGGUUCUUCAGUGGCGUAGCUCCAAAGAACCCAUCUUGCUUUUGUUUUUUAGAGUGUAUGUUACUGAAACGCCUCAGGGCGCUGUUUGUUUGGGCAUGGAGCCACAAGCUGAAUGCUUUCCCCACCCAGUCAGCCCAAGCCUAGUCCAGUCUGGUUGGUCUGUAGGAUUACAGAUGUUACCUGCUAGAUAUUUCAGCGCUUUCUCAAACGAGUCGUUUUUGUUUCCAUCUCAAGAACAAGGGAUAGGGUUUAUCACCAGCAGCUGUGGUGAUGAACGGCAUCUCUAAGCACUUUAGUAUUUCUAUCAAAUCACACUGAGCUGGUCUCUGCCCAUUUUGAUGUGUGGUCAGUAAUCUUCAGAUUAUUUUUUUCCCCCCCAGAUCAUGUCUUUGAAAGUUACUGAUUGUGUCAGCAUGCUUUCUCAGUUUUCUCAUCAAUAAUGUGUGUUUGUGAACAAACUGUUUGUUGGGAUCGGGUGCUGUUUUAAGCAUGGUGGCAUGGUGGGUCAUACUUUCAUACCAUAAAGUUCAUACUAAGUUCAUACUAAGCAAACAGCAAGAAAAAAAAAUUCUCUUCACUCAUUGCUUCUUGUAAUAAAUCAGCUUGUACACAGACAUGCCAAAAGUCAUGGGACAGGAACACAUACCAUGGAAUCUAGAGGAUGCUACACUGAACUGACUGUGAAGGGAGUGUGUGGAUCACUUGUCUGUUUACAUGGACAAUUCCAGCCAGACACCUCCAGUCACAAUCAUUAAUACUACCAUAGUGCUGUCCACUGUGGGUGGUGAUUGCCUUCUGUGAUGUAUUCCUGGUACACACAGUCAGGCCUCGCUCAAACAAAUAAUUUACAUUGCCUUGCCAUGAACACGCUGACCAGUGUACAGUGUACAGGUGUGGGUGUUUCCAAGCCGCCCCCAGAGGUAACGAACAUUUCAUGAUCACUUUACACACUGCUAUCCCAUGAUUUUUGGCAUGUCUGUUUAGAACAGCUUGUGGGACUCCUCCGCCAUCUAUUGCAGUGUGUUUUAUACCCACCCCCUGCAGGACAGGAACAGAGAGAGAUAUUAAGAGGGAGGUCAGGGCUGUUGCACAUGUUUUUCUUCUUCUACUUCAUUUAAUAAUCUGUUUAAUUUGUGUGCUGGUUAUUGGUUAGUAAUAGGUUUGAAAGCCAUGUUAUAAUUUUUUUUUUCCCUGCUCGAAUGCCAUGAAAUCCGCUUUCGUUGAAGUUGCCAAAUUUACAGAAAUUGUGAUUAACGAUCCCUGUGAACAUAUGCCACCUCUUUCACACCCCUUUUUCUUUGCACGGCACAAAGCCAUGUUAAAAUCAUCUCCCUGGCUGUGAGGAGUGUGAAGAGGAGCUUGUGCCAAUAUUAUUAAUUGAAAUUAGUGGCUGAAAUUCGUCUGCCAGUUUUGGUUUGUCCCUCUCGGAUCGGGCAAACAUCCACUAAAUGUGAGCUUUGUCGUGGAAGUGUUGGCGAAGAACGGCUGUUUUGUUACGGAGCCCGUACGGAACAAAUCCCUGACGUCCACAUGAAAGAGACUCAUUGUUUUUGUUUUCUUUUUACCCUUUUCUUCUUCUCACUCUGUGUCUCUUCCUUUGUCUCUGAUGAGACGAGAGACGUAAUGGCGAGGCUGUUUGGGCCACUGUGGCCAGACUCGAGCUCUGCUCUUUACUGGAUCAGAUGUAUGUGCGCUCGUGCCGUCUAGGUGAUGCUUUGAUGCCUCUUUAAUUAGCUCCUCUCGCCCCUUUAUCCACCUCCCUGGAGGAAAAUGUGAGAGAAAGAGACAGAAGAGGAGGAGGAGGAGAAGGAGGCAGCAGCAGCAGCAGAGUGGCUACGAAUCAUUCAGGCAUGGCUAGAGAAUUGUUAGAGACACACACACGCAUACACACACACACAGACAGGCCAGGCAUAGAUCUUAUCAGGCAGAGGUCGUAUUUAGUCUUCUUGUACAGCAUGCUUUAAGAACCACAAAGACCAGAUGCUCUAUGAUGAGCAACUGCAGCCGAUUGCACAGCACCUCUGAUGUUUUUUAUGUUUUAUUUUUUUUAGAGUGUAGCAGAGGCGGAGAGAGAGAGAGCGAGAGAGCGUGACGGGCAUUCAGAUGAACGAACAGCAGAAUGCCCAUUGGUGAUCUGUGAUCUGUGGACAGGCUGUAUAUAAAGCACCUCCACACCUGCAGUUGAUUCCAGAGGAAAAUAAUAUUAAUUUGUUGUCAACUGAAUUGGAAAUCUUAAAAUUUGUUAUCUGGUAACAUUAUGAAUUAUCCGAAAAAAUCAUUUUAGACCGAUAAUUUACGUCACCUUGACAUGAACACACUUACCACCUCGUUCACAAGAUAACACCUCACAACAUAUACAGAUAUGUGCAUUCACAGAUUGUCCCCUGAAGUACCACAGUCUGUAGUCUGUAUUCCAUGACCUUUGGCUGGUCAGUGGAAUUAUUGGACUCUUACAAAUAAAGUGCUAGAAAAGGUUCCAUGCUUGUUAUGGAGAUGUGUGUGAUUUUAAAGGCAUUUGCAUCAAGAACAGUUUCUCUACACUGUUUCAACACAUCUCAGUUACAAACAAGGUUCUUUAUGGACUCAAAAGAGAUUACUUCUAUAUUGCAGCUAAAAACCAGAGCAUCUUAUAAUAGGAUAAGUUUCCCACAAUAAGAUAGAUAUGAUACUGUGACUGUGACGUGAUGCUCGGAAAGACAAUUCUCUGAUACUUAUCUGUAUCUGUGUUACUGAAAAAGAUAAAAUACUCCUAAAUAAGCGAAUACCAGUUAAUAUGGAUUUAUUGUUGUUGUUAGUUUCACAGAAUUUCACAACCGUUUUUCUUCACUGCAAGAUUAACCUAUUCAUUUGAUUAGUGCCACCAGUGAAUGCAGCCUUUGAACUGCAUCUACAGCACCAGGGCUUUUUUUUUAUUAGUUUGCUGCAACCAAUUCUCAAUCCUGAGAGUGAGUUUACAGCAGCUGCUGGAUCGUCACCUCUUUUCUGUUGCACCACAAGACAUAGCACUGUAUGCUAUUCUAGUCUCUCUUACUGACUGAACUCUCUGCUCUAAGCCAUGCUGACUGAUUCUACUUGGUUCUCCCAGUUAUGCUGCACUGCCAGGUGUGUUGUUGGAAAAUAGAAAUGCACUGAGCAGAGUAGUAAGGGAAUACCAGCAGAUGUGAUUGGUUUAUACAGAGUGCAGGUGGGCUGAGGAAAGGCGGUGCUUUGUUGGAGCUGUUAAGCAGGCAUGUGAGGAGAUCCACUGGGAGUCUGUCUUUUUUUAAAAGUAGAAGUGUGUUUUGGCACAGAGAGUGAUGAGCACAGCUUUUUCUUUUUUUGUUAGGUCUAGCGGGCCUGUUUCCUGUAGCAUUUCUGGAUGUCUGACGCUUGCUGUUUUUCUGUCCAUUUCCUCCGUUUUGCAUGUUUGUUUUUAGCAGUCCGUCUAUCCGUCCUGUAUUGUGGAGGUUAUUGAGUUAAGCUAGAUUGGAUGAAAGAAGCUGCUAGAGAGAUUUAACUGUCCUGUGUUUAGCUGAAUGGUCUGUCUUGUGUCCCAUUUUGUCAAAACUACCUGUGAUCUUCCUUCAUUUUACUACCAUCAGGAACUUUUUUGUGAUAUGCCAAAGGUCUGACAUCACGGUUAAGACUUGGUAAUUUAAAGUGGCAGAAAUUGGCACAUCUAUCUAUUAGUUUUAAUACCUUGUUGCAAAGCCUAACCUGUGCCAAGCGUAACCUGGUGAAGGCAUAAUAUUAUAGCACUUAUUAAAGUAAUUCCUGUUACUUUAGCUCCCUCUGGUGGUGUGGAGCAGCAAGCUCACCACACUUCUGAGAGUCAGAUCCAGCAGUUUAGAUAGGAAGGUAUCUUAACAUGGAUGUGUACAUGUAUUUAAAGGUGUGCUGCCAUUCUCUCUCUUUGUCUCUUUUCUUUCUCUCUCCCUCCCUCUCUCUUUUUCUCUCUUUCUCUCUCCCUCACAUCGUCCUGCCAGUAAUUCAGCCAAGGCUUCUAGUGGUAGCUACCGGCAGGUUCAUGUCCUCCAAACCUCCCGCUGGUCUGCACAGAUCAAAAACCCAGCUUUCAGUCUGAACUCAGUGCUGGGGUCAAGAGCCAAAUAGAUCAGCUGCUGCUGCUUCUUCUGCUGGCUCUCUGGUUCUAGAAAGCCUCCAGUGCCUCUGUUCCACAGCCAGCUGCCAGAAUCCUACAAUCAGCUGUGCUCAUCAAAUCAAAUCGAAGUUUAUUCGUCACAUAUAUGGUCAUACACGGCACAAUUAGCAGUAAAACACUUUAAUGUUAAUGUCCGUCUUCUUUUGUCAGCUUUUCUUGUUUUCUUCUUUUGGAAUUCUUGACCAUAGAUGAUUUAGUAUUCUCAUCCUCUACAAUUCUUUAGGUAAAAUAGUUCUAGCAUUUUUGCUAUUCUCAUCUCGUAGCUGCAUGUGUUCUAGAUUCCAUCAAAUUUUGAAUUCUACAUUUAUCUUGCUCUAAAAGUCCUGGGAUGGAUACACGUUCUAGAAUUCUCAGCCACAGAUUUUUGGAGUUAUUGCCAAAUGGGUUCUAGAAUAAUUUCUAUUACAAUUCCUGGGUCCUAAAGUUUUUAAAUUCUUGGGCACCAGAAUUCUUGACGACCUAAAUUCUGUAAUUUAUUUCCCCUGGAAUUCUAGGUGCAGGAGUUCCUGCAACCAAAUGAGUUAAAUUUUUUUUAUGGAUAGAAGUUCUAGAAUGCAUGGCCACUAAAAUUCUCUGCCCCCAUAAUUAUUUAUUUCUAGAAUGUAUGACGGGAGGAGUUAUAGAAUUUCCAGCCACAGAUGUUUUUAAAAAUGUUGUAAUUUUUGAUCAGAUGGGUUCUGGCACUGUGGUUGGUGGAAUUCCUGGCUUUGGCUGUGGAACAGAGUCUGAAGGCUAAUUUCAUGGGAAUGUACAGGGUUCUUCUCACCUCAGAGUCACCAGGGAGCCUUUAGGGCAAAAAACAUGUGGGUUGUGUGGUUGUCAUUUUUGUCAAAUGUUGUGCACGCUUUCUUUUAUACUUCUGUGGUUUUUCAACUUUUACGAUUGCUGUCUCGUAUAUUCUGUAUAUACCCAUACGCUGCAAUGUAUUGUUUUUAUAAAAAAAAAAUUCUUCUUUUUUUUUUCUUUAUUUAGCUUUUAAUUUUCUGAUCAAGAGAUAUUUGCAUUUAUAUAUAGGUCUAUAUAUGAAAUGUACAAUAGAAACAUUGUCAUGUCUGUGUUUAGCCCUGGGGUGGAAGGCUGCAAAUGUUAGUAGUUUCAUCAUCAAAUGCCAAAUGAGAAGGAGAAUGGGGGGAAAACGCCUUCCAAAAGUUUAUGUGGAGAAACCCCUUUGUACAUUUUUUAUUUAUUUAUGCAAUUAUAAAAUGAUUUAAAUACGCAUGGAAAAUGCAUAUUACAUAAAAUCAUGGGCUUUUGUUUUACUUCAUUCUUUUGAAAUAAAAUCAUUUUUUCUUUCCUAAA